AUGGACUUGCUGACUAGCUUCAUCAGCGGAUGGAUGGGCGGUGUCGGGAUCUUGCUGGUGGGUCACCCCUUUGACACGGUCAAGACGCUGCUGCAAGACAGUCAAGGGAAGCACAAGAAUGCCCUCGGCUGCGCGGCGAGCAUAGUGAAGAAGAAUGGCCCCUUUGCCCUUUACAAGGGUGUGAUGGCCCCAAUGACCGGCGUUGGCGUCGUGUUCGCCCUCUACUUUCUCGCCUACGACUCCACCGAGAAAAUCAUUCGCCGCUUAAAGGAGCUUGACCCCUCCAAGCCGCUGCCAAUGACGGAUGUCAUGAUAUGCGGUGGGAGCACAGGCAUUUUGGGCUCGCUCGUACUCGGGCCCGCUGAGUUGCUCAAGAUUCGCCAGCAGACGGCGCUAAACAGCGGCGGUGACAGCUCCCUGCGCGGCGUGGCGUCGUCCAUUUACAGAACGGCAGGUUUGCGUGGAUUCUUCCGCGGCACGAGUAUGACGAUGCUGCGCGAUGUGCCAGGGAGCAUGGCCUGGUUUUGCGCCUAUGAGUACACAAAGCAGCUCAUUUGCCGCAACCCAAGGGCCCCGUCGGUGCCAGAGUCCCUGAUUGCCGGAGGAAUGGGUGGUAUUGGCAUGUGGUCCUUUGCAGUUCCACUUGACGUCAUCAAAACCCGCGUGCAGGCAAGUCGUGAGCAGUUGACCCUGGCAGGUGCAGUACGGGGCAUCUUCAAGGAGCGCGGUAUCCGCGGCUUUUAUCGUGGUCUUGGCCCUGCACUGCUGCGUGCAUUCCCCGCCAACGCCGCCUGCUUCGCCGCGAAGGACUUUACUCAGAAGACGCUGAACCGCCUUACUGUCUCCGCAGCUGUGGCCGAAAAGAGCACAGGUCAGCCGUAG